GGAAGUUGUAGCAGCUGCCAUGUUUAGCUGCUUUGUUGUAGAUUUCUUGUAGGUUUCCUGCAGAUUUUUAAGUGUUGCAAUGGAACCGAGCUGGAGUUCGUUUUUAUUUCAGCAGGCCAAUGAGGCGUUGCACCACCACCACCAGGUGGCCCAGAACAGCCUGCUGCCGCUGCUCAACUCCGCCUCGGAGCCCAUCGACCAGAAGCCCGUCAUGCCCAUCCCCCUGGACCACAAGCCGCCGGUCAGCGCCGCCGACCUGCUCAAGGACAACGUGGCCAGUGGGGCGGGGGGAGGGGGGGGCGGAGGGGGAGGAGGGGGAGGAGGGGGAGGAGGAGGGGGGGUCCACCACCCGGUGGUGGUGAAGAAGGAGCCCAAGUCCAAGACGCCGUUCGUGUGCAGCUACUGCAACAAGGCGUUCCGCGACAGCUACCACCUGCGGCGGCACGAGUCGUGCCACACGGGCAUCAAGAUGGUGUCGCGGCCCAAGAAGAACCCCGCCGCCUCCGCCUCGGCGCCGCCCACCAUGGUGCCGCUGGUGUCGGCCGUGUCCCGCGACGGCCCCUACGUCUCCACCAUCGCCGGCAUGCUGACCACCGCCACCACCUCCGCCACGGCCUCCAGCGUCAUGACCUCCAUGGCUCACCACCACCACCACCAUCACCACCACCACCAGCAGCAGCAACAGCAGCAGCAGCAGCAGCAGCAGCAUCAGCACCAGCAGCACCACCAGCAGCAGCACCACCCACAGCAGCAGCAGCAGCAGCAGCAGCAGCCGCAGCAGCCCAAGAAGCCGCCCAAGCCGGUGAAGAAGAACCACGGCUGCGAGAUGUGCGGCAAGGCCUUCCGCGACGUCUACCACCUCAACCGCCACAAGCUGUCGCACUCGGACGAGAAGCCCUUCGAGUGCCCCAUCUGCCAGCAGCGCUUCAAGCGCAAGGACCGCAUGACCUACCACGUGCGCUCGCACGACGGCGGCGUGCACAAGCCCUACAUCUGCUCCGUCUGCGGCAAGGGCUUCUCCAGCAAGGACCGCAUGACAUACCACGUGCGCUCGCACGACGGCGGCGUGCACAAGCCCUACAUCUGCUCCGUCUGCGGAAAGGGCUUCUCCAGACCGGAUCAUCUCAGCUGUCACGUCAAGCACGUCCAUUCCACAGAAAGACCUUUCAAAUGCCAAGUAACAGCCUGCACGUCUGCGUUCGCCACCAAAGACCGCCUGCGCUCCCACAUGAUCCGGCACGAGGGCAAGGUCACCUGCAACAUCUGCGGCAAGAUGCUCAGCGCCGCCUACAUCACCAGCCACCUCAAGACGCACGGCCAGCAGACCAACUUCAACAACUCCUGCAACAAAGACUCUAACGACGUGUGCAAUUCAGCCUCCGCCACCCCUGUCUCCACCUCGGUGGCCAUCACCACGGCGAUGAACCGUGGCAACCCGGUGUCGGGCAACGCGGUGACGAUCGCGGCGCAGAUGAACAUCAGCACCAACACGGUGAACAUCACCUCGCCCGUGAGCCUGCAGCACCCCGUCACCAUCACGGCGCCGGUCAACCUCGCCUCGGUCAACAUCCCCACCUCGGUGCCCAUGAACAUCGCCCACCCCGUGGCCAUGAACAUCGCCGGGCCGCUCAACAUCGCCAUGCGCUCCAUGGACAGCAUGCCCUUCCUCUCCCAGGUCCUGCCCUCCUCGCCGCCCUGGUAGGCUCGGGCUGGGGUGAGAGAGAGCCGCACCUUCCUCUUCUGCAGCCAGCCAAUCCCUGUGGAGAAUGACCCGUGCCAGCCCCCCGCCUCUUCCUCCUCCAAUCGUGUUCCUUUUGCAAAAGCCCAGUCCUUUCACCUUAUAUGAUCAUCAACUACCCUCCUCCCCAAUCCCCACCACCACCCACCUUCUGAGGGACACCUUGGCUGGCUGCGUAAGUCCUACUGCCUGGCAGAGUCGCUAUGCAGGUACGCUCGGCAGAAACAGAGACGGAGCUAAACACAAAAAAGAAAGAAAGGAAACACAGAAUAGGACGGAGGAGAAGAAGAGGACAGACGGGGGCGAUAGCUGUGGAAGGCUGUCUACGAAAGACAGACGCAUUUUGUUUUGUUUACUCCCCCUCCACCCCCGACGCCUCUCUCUCGCGCUCUCUCGCUCGCAUCGCUUCCUCACAGUAGCACCCAGAUCAGUUUGCCGUGCUCAGCACCUCCUUCACCACUGAAGGAACUCUUCAACUCCCGUCUGCACCGAGAUCAGUGAAGUAAACACAGCAAGAAAGCACUACGAGUGACGAUUUAAAACUACAGCGAUUUUGAACACAGGAAAAUAGUGAGAGAGCUGCAACUUGGCUGUCGUAUUUUUUUCUUUUUUUUCCCCUUUCCCAAACUGCUCUUGCAUCAAACAGUUAGAUUUGUUUUUGUUUGAUUAAUUUUCUUUUUGUAUUAUUAUGUAGGUUUGCUAAUCAGUAUUUAAUAGUUUUAAGGCAUUUUAUGGAGUAAACUACACAAAAAAGGGACAAAAAAGGCUUCCAUUUGUGGGAAGAGUUUUUUUUGAGAAUGCUUUGUAGU